AUGUCCUCUUUUGUAUGUCCUCUGUUGUAUGUCCUCUGUUCUAAUUACUAUGUUGUAUGUCCCCCUGUUGUAUGUCCCCUGGUGUAUGUCCCCUGGUGUAUGUCCCCUGUUGUAUGUCCUCUGUUGUAUGUUUUUGGUUGUAUGUCCUCUGUUGUUUGUCCUCUGUUGUAUCUCCCCUGUUGUAUGUUUUCUGUUGUAUGUCCUCUCUUGUACGUCCUCUGUUGUACGUUCUCUGUUGUACGUUCUCUGUUGUAUAUCCUCUGUUGUAUGUCCUCUGUUGUAUGUCCCCUGUUGUAUGUCCUCUGCUGUAUGUCCUCUGUUGUAUGUCCUCAGUUGUAUGUCAGCUGUUGUAGUCCUCUGUUGUAUGUCGUCUGUUGUAUGUCGCCUGUUGUAUGUCGUCUGUUGUAUGUCGUCUGUUGUAUGUCCUCUGUUGUAUGUCCUCUGUUGUAUGUACUCUGUUGUAUGUUCUCUGUUGUAUGUCCCCUGUUGUAUGUCCUCUGCUGUAUGUCCUCUGCUGUAUGUCCUCUGUUGUAUGUCCUCUGCUGUAUGUCCUCUGUUGUAUGUCCUCUGUUGUAUGUCCUCUGCUGCAUGUCCUCUGUUGUAUGUCCUCAGUUGUAUGUCAGCUGUUGUAGUCCUCUGUUGUAUGUCGUCUGUUGUAUGUCGUCUGUUGUAUGUCGUCUGUUGUAUGUCCUCAGUUGUAUGUCAGCUGUUGUAGUCCUCUGUUGUAUGUCGUCUGUUGUAUGUCGUCUGUUGUAUGUCGUCUGUUGUAUGUCGUCUGUUGUAUGUCGUCUGUUGUAUGUCCUCUGUUGUAUGUACUCUGUUGUAUGUCCUCUGUUGUAUGUCCCCUGUUGUAUGUCCUCUGCUGUAUGUCCUCUGCUAUAUGUCCUCUGUUGUAUGUCCUCUGCUGUAUGUCCUCGAUCGUAUGUUCUCUUUGUGACGCGACAACAUUCUCCCAGCAUUUAUCGACACCUGUGGUUUUUCUAG